UAUCUGUUUCUCCCUCCAGAAGCCAGCCAAUCAGAGAGCCCCAACCAGGCCAGCGAAUCUGAUAUCAAGGAGCAGCCAGAGAAUGGUCACCUGGGUUUUCAGGACAGCUUCGUCACACCUGGAGUCUUCACAGUGGCCGAGCUAGUACGAGUCUCACAGACACCCAUCGCAGCCGGCACCGGUCCAAACUUCUCAUUGGCCGACCUGGACAGCUCCUCCUACUACAGCAUGAGUCCAGGAGCCAUGAGGAGACCCCUACCCAGCACCUCCUCCUCCAGCUCUGCCAAGAGGAUAAAGUGUAUGGAGGAGGACGUGGACAGUCCAGGAGAGGAGUCCUACUACCCGGGUCAGGGUCGGUCUCCGGGCAGCGGCAGCCAGGCCAGCAGCUGGCACGACGUGGAGCCAGCUGGAUAUAAGCUGCGUGGCUCUCUAGCUAGCUCGUUCAUCUCCCGACAAGCGAGCCCCCACGCUCCCCCCUCCAGCCUCCACUUCUCCUCCUCCCCCAUCCUGCAGCAGCCCGGCUCCUACUUCUCCCACCCGGCCAUCAGGUAUCACCCGCAGGAGACGCUCAAGGAGUUCGUCCAACUGGUCUGUCCUGACUCCGCCCAGCAGGCCGGACAGGUGGGCUUCCUCAACCCUAAUGGUAGCUCCCAGGGAAAGGUCCACAACCCUUUCCUGCCGACGCCCAUGCUGCCUCCCCCUCCGCCUCCCCCGAUGGCCCGUCCCGUCCCACUGCCCGUUGACGCCAAGCCGCCCUCCACCUCCUCCACUGAGGGGGGAGGCAACUCGCCCACCUCGCCCACUUACUCUACCCCCACUACAUCUCCAGCCCAGCGGUUCGUCAGCGUCGGACCCAGAGACCCCGGCUUUAACAUCCCUCAGCAACCACAGUGGUACCUGGGAUAAGGACUCCAGAGGCCCCUCCAUCCUCCACCCACCUGUACGACAGAUCGCUGCAGCCUCCUCCUCAACAUUUCACCUUUGAUGCCAGCUGCAACAGAGAGCCCUGUCUUGCCCCACCCUUACAGCCCUCCCAUUCCCCUCUGCGCCUGACUCCGCUCCCACCAGCGCCAUACAGAGACUCAGCAGCAUCAGCAUGGCUACAGCGGAUCAAACGCACCCCGACCCUGGUGUUAAACACCCACUCUGUAAACUCUAUGUCAAAGACUUCCCUGUAGACAUAUGGUUCAUAUGUCAGUGUCCAUAUUUAGUGCCAGACCCCCCCUCCUCUCUUCCCCAACUCCCCAGAAACCAGACCAGGCUGAAAAAUUAGUGGGGGGACUGAGCCUUCAAUUUUGGGAACGCUGCAGGACUGAAUUACAGAGCUUCCCUUCUGGAGAAACCACAUACACACUCUCCCAUCAUCCUCUGCAGUGUGUGCAUCCAGUGGACUUGCAGGGGUACAAUGUCCUCUCCACUUCCACCACGCGACCCCCCCCAUCCCGAUGGAUUCCGAUGGCUUGGUCGGAUUGGUUGUUGGGACAGGACAGGAUGUGCUGUGGUUGGAGGGAGGGAGGAGGUGUUACCUGGCUCAGAUACCACCAGCUAAUACCCCCGCCCCCUCCCCACACCUGAGCCCUCACACACCUCCUGGGAUGGACUCCACCCCCACUUGACCCCACCCCCUGGUUGGUUGCAGGUCAGGGAGGGAGGAAGCCGACAAAGCUCUUUCCAAGGACAUAGACCAGUGCUUAAUGGAAAGACGUGAUCUGACGGGGAGGUGGUGCGGGUGCAAACAGACGCCCUUCCUGUUUCACAGUAAUAACAUGAACUAC